CUCCAAGAGUAAUUACGAAGUAAACAGCAAUCUAAGUAAACACCGCGGCACCAUUGAUUCCACAUCAUCACAACCAUGGCUGACGCGCAAUUCGAUAGUGCGCUUGACCUCCUCCGGCGCCUCAACCCCCGCGAUACCAAGCAGAACGUGCAGGCGAUCACAAGUAUUGUCCCUGACCUGACCGAAGAUCUCCUGUCGUCUGUGGACCAGCCCCUGGAAAUCCGCCGCUGCCCCAAGACAAACCGAGACUACUUGCUCUGCGACUACAACCGGGAUGGUGAUAGCUAUCGCUCUCCUUGGAGCAAUGAAUUCGACCCCCCACUCGAUGACGGAACGGUACCAAGUGAGAGGGUGAGAAAACUCGAGGUCGCUGCCAACGAGGCCUUCGAUGUUUACCGGGAGCUGUACUACGAGGGCGGCGUGGGAAGUGUGUACUUCUGGGACCUGGACGAUGGUUUUGCCGGUGUGAUUCUCUUGAAGAAAGGAGUAACCCCUGGCGCGAAGAGCUCCGGAGAGUGGGACAGCAUCCACGUCUUCGAGGCCACCGACCGCGCUCGCAUGUCCCACUACAAGUUGACCAGCACAGUCAUUCUCCAUUUAGCGAAUGAGUCUGAGGCCUUGGGCGAGAUGGACCUAAGCGGUAACAUGACCCGCCAGGUGGAAGUCGAUCUGCCCGUCGAGUCGGAUGCAAGCCACGUUGCGAAUGUCGGCCGGCUUGUAGAGGAUAUGGAGCUGAAGAUGCGGAACCUGCUACAGGAGGUAUACUUUGGCAAGGCCAAGGACGUUGUGGGAGAACUGCGCAGUCUGUCGUCCUUGACGGAGGCGAACAAAGAGCGGGCUAAUCACGCCGAGAUGAUUAGAUCCAUGCAGCGGUAAUCGUGGCCGCUGCUCGGGUCCUGUAAGAGCGGAAGGAUGCUUCACUUGGCCAUCAUCACCCACAUGUUUUGUCCUUUCAUACCGCGAGUUUGCCAUUCAUUUAACUGUAUGUAGUUUUUAAAGGUUCCUGGGGAUCCGCAUAUUACUUGAUUAGGGCGCUGUCGUUGCA